AUGAAUUUGGGAGAGGCAAAGUCCGUUUUUAAACGCGGACAACGAUGUACGCAGAUGCAUGUUUCUGAUAUGGAAAAAGGAGUGCCUGUUAAGUCAAAGAAAGUAGCAGAUAUCAAAAAACUAUUAGAAGCACACUACGGUGAGAACUGGUUAAAGGAAGAAAAGCUGCAGUUUUUAAGAACUUUUUUAAGGACAUUCUCCUACAAGUUGAACAAUCCGAGACAUCUCCACCGCCAAUCAGUGGUUCACAAACAGCUAAGCUCCGCCUACUGGCAGGUGAGAACCAAUAGUAUUGCAGUAAAGCCGUGGAAUGGGUGGCACAGGGAUGCGUUCGUGGCACGUGUUUUGUAUGGCAAGCCAAGACAGAGGGAGACAAGGAAAGUUUUACCUGGACGAUUCAAAGGUGAAUUUUCAGUCAAGUACGAGGCUUCGGACGUUGUGUACUCCAAAGGACUAAACUGA